CAGGUGCUGGGCCUUACUGCAUCGGUGGUGAACAAUGAAAAAAAGAAAAAUCCACUGGAGACGACAUUGCGUCGGCUAGAGGAACUCAUGCGGGCCCGCCUGAUCACCUCCGAGGACAGCUCUAUCGCUGCUGUAAUGGGAAGGAGGGAUCGGAGGACUAUCACCUUCACACCUGGUGGAUCUCAGGCUCUUGCCGGCGAGCCCUACUACCAGUUCAAUCAGGCCUUAGCAGAGGGAGUCAAGACCCUGUCUGCGUGA